AUGGCUGACAAAGAUGAUGAGUUUUGUUUGGGUUUGAGCUUGAGUUUAGGCUGUGGAGAUUACCAAAAGAAGAAAAUCAUAAACCAAACUCCUAUCAAUGUUAUUCAGCUGCAAAAACCUCUUCCAAACCAAAGGGUUUCCUUCAAUAACUUGUUCCUUUUUCAUGAUCGCAGUUCCGAAACGAGGUCGUUUCUCCGCGGAUUCGACGGGAACUCGCUCCGAGCGUCUGCGGCGGCGGUGUUUGAGGAUGAGAACGGAGUUUCGUCGCCGAAUAGCACUGUGUCGAGUGUAAGUGGAAAACGGAGUGAAAGAGAAGGGAAUGGAGAUGAAAAUGAUGCUGUUGAGAGGGCUUCGUGUUCUCGCGGUGGAAGCGAGGAUGAUGACGGUGGAGGAUGCGGCGGCGAUGGUGAGUCUUCGAGGAAGAAGCUGAGAUUGUCGAAGGAACAGUCGUUGUUGCUGGAAGAAACUUUCAAAGAGCACAAUACGCUGAAUCCGAAACAAAAGCAAGCAUUGGCGAAACAGUUGAAUCUGAAGCCCAGACAAGUGGAGGUGUGGUUUCAAAACCGAAGAGCAAGGACCAAGUUGAAGCAAACUGAAGUGGAUUGUGAAUAUUUGAAGAGAUGCUGUGAGACUCUAACUGAAGAGAAUAGAAGGUUGCAAAAGGAAGUGCAAGAGCUUAGGGCAUUGAAGUUAUCUCCACAACUUUACAUGCAAAUGAACCCUCCCACCACUCUUACAAUGUGCCCUUCGUGCGAGCGUGUCGCCGUGUCAUCCGCAUCCUCUUCAUCAGCAGCCGCACCCUCUGCUUCAACUCCAGCUAACCGCAAUUCGUUGGUCCCGAGUGUUCAACGACCAGUGCCUGUCAACCCUUGGGCGGCCAUGUCUCUCCAAAAUCGUUCCCGGUCAUGA